AUGAGCGAUUCAUCCCCAAAAAAUCAGUGGCCGGUUGCCCUUCGAGAUAGCAAGCCCCCGGAAAUGCAGUCAGGCACGACGGCGGCCCUUGAGUCCCCCCACAAGACUGAUCUCAGAGACACGAAGGACUUCCGAUACGAAUGUGCCGCGAAAAUAUACGAAAAGAUUCUUUAUAUUGAUGGAACUUAUCGACUAACAGCAAUUCAUGUUUCGAUAAUAUUGCUCGCUCCACUAUCAUCUCUGACGGACGGGGGCAGUCUUGACCAUACUACGCGAGGUGCAUUGCGUCUCCUUCUGGCUCUCGAGAAUGCAGCCACAUUAGUUGGACACUUCUUGCGGUCGUCGAACGAGGACCGCCGCCAGUCCGUGUGCCAAACACAGCCCAAGGGACCGGUGGAUGCCCACCCCUCAGAGCGCUAUCCAAAGACAUCGAUUACCUCGAUGGCUUCCAGUCACGAAACUCCCGACAAUGACGACACCGAGCCGGGUGGUUCAUCUACUGAACCAGAGCAUGCAGGUAUUCUUCAACGACGAGUCAACGUCAGUGCUCGCCAUUACUUUAUGUAA